GUUGUGGCUUGACAUGAAUGAACCAGCAAGCUGGUGUAACGGUGAAUGUAAAAGACGUGAUAUGGAAUUUCUGGAUGAAACCGAGGAUUUCGCUAAAAAAAUUCAUAGUCACGAUUAUAGAUUCGAAUCACAGGAGAUUAAUUCUACGUCAUUAUGUGAAUCCUGUGAUCUUAAUAAUCCACCUUACAAAAUUAACAACGGUGGUAAAAGAUUGUCACUGGACACAUUGACGUUAUCAAUGGACGCAGUUCAUUCAAAAGGGAUGGUGGAUUACGAUGUCCACAAUUUAUUUGGUCAUAUGGAAACAAUGAUAACUUAUAAAAUUAUGGGAGAGAAAAUUAAUAAAGGUAAAAGACCAUUUCUUAUCACGAGAUCAACUUUUUCGGGGACAGGAAGAUACGCCGGACAUUGGACAGGCGAUAAUUGGGCAGAUUGGUCAAAUUUAUAUUUAUCCAUACCAGGAAUACUAAAUUUCCAACUAUUCGGAAUUCCUUUGGUUGGUGCAGAUAUCUGUGGAUUUAAUGGUCAAUCUAGCGAAGAACUAUGCCUACGUUGGAUGCAGCUUGGGUCAUUUUAUCCAUUCAUGCGCAAUCACAAUGUGAAGGAUGAAAGAUCACAAGAGCCUUACAACUGGCCUUCAGUCGCCGAAACUUCACGUAAAUACAUUGGUAUUAGGUAUUCUCUAUUACCAUAUUACUACACUCUUUUCUAUGAAGCGAGUGUAAAUGGAACCACAAUACUUCGCCCUCUCUUUAUCGAAUUUCCACAUUUGAAGCCUGCAUUAGAAUCCGAUAGACAAUUUAUGCUCGGUGGUGGCAUCCUGAUUUCUCCAAUGUUAUUACCACAACAUAGUGUGAUUCUCUCAGCAUACAUACCACCCGGCAUAUGGUAUGAUUUUUAUACACAUUUCGCGAGUUUUAAGGUGAAAGAUCCGAAGGGAGUUUAUCGAGAUCUGAAUGCCCCCUUAAACGAAAUGCCAAUACACAUCAGAGGAGGAUAUGCUAUUCCGAUGUCACAUCCUGGGAUGACAACUACCGAGAGUCGAAAUUCAAAUCUUUCUCUUCUUGUGGCUUUAAAUGAAGAAGGAAACGCUAAAGGAAGUUUCUACUUGGAUGACGGGGAGAGCUUGAAUGUUAAGAAUAACUACACUUACACAAUAUUUAAAACACAUGAUCGGAAUCAAUUAGUCGCGAAUGUUAUAUGGGGUGGUUAUGAUAAUGGUAUUAUACUGGAUAAGAUAGUGAUAUUGGGUAUUAACUUGCAAAAUAGUAUGAAACCUGCGGAAAAAGUCGAAAAAGUUAUGUUUAAUGGCCUUGAAAUUAAUCCUGAAUCAAAUAGUACAGAUGAAAAUAUUACUUGGAAAUUAGAUAAACAAAUUGGAAAAAUAACAUUCGAAGGGUUGGAAAUUAAGUUAAACGUUGGAUGGAAUUUGACUUGGGUAAUUUACUAG